AUGGGCAUCAGUUACCUUGAAGGGCCUACAAGUGACUUUUCACGCGACUUGCAAUCUCGAUUCUCGACAUUAACUGGCCUUCUCAAUUGGGCAAACGGACGGGAUAUAAAGACAUUGGCCAAGUCAAUAUUUAGGAAGGCCGCCCGAGCUCUCGUCACUGAGAACGUGUCAUUACCGAGGGUGGCUGUUAAAUUACCGGCUGCAUCGGUAGAUCUCAGUCUAAAUCCUGCCUCCGGUAAUACGGAAACCUACACCAACACUCAAACACACCUUCCACAACUUCCAUCGGAAUUGGAAGAGCCCAGUCAAACAGAAAAAUUUCCAGCGACCAAAAAUCGAGAUGGCGGCGUUACGGAUGAAGUAUGGAACCAACUUAUCCAGGACAAGCAAACAGCGAUCAAACAGGAAGGGGCAUACCGGGACCUCCUCAAACAAGGACAACAACUUGAAAGAGAUGCAAAAUGUGGGAAUGAAGAGGACGAGAAUGAGGUAAAAAAGGAUGAAGGCACUGAACAACAACAUGAACAAGAGCGGCUCCAACGGGAACUUGAAAGACGGGCCAAAGAAGAGGAACUGAGAAAGCUUCGAAAGAAAGAGGUAGAAAUGGAGGGACAGCGCAAGAAGGAACAGCAAGCACAGAAGGAACUUCGCAAGAUAGGCGUCUGUGUUCAGGGAUUCCGUUGGAUCAAACAGGCUGGGGGAUAUCGAUGUGCUGGAGGAUCCCAUUAUGUAUCGGAUGGUCAGUUGGGCAUUUAG